AUGUCGGUGCCUUUGAAGCGGGUGCGCGAAAAGUCCACUGGAGCGACCAGUAGCCACAAGGUGGCUGUGUCUACAAAGGAAACCAAGAGCCAGAAGGAAAAGGCGAAGCCUACCGAGAAGAAGGAAGUGAAAGAGAAGGAGGUGAAACAGAAGGAGGUGAAGAAGCAGUCUCUUGAUGAGAAGCUGAGGCUCGAUGUGGAAAGAAGAAUGCAAGCAGCAAAGGAAAGAAAGAAGAGGGAGGCUGAGAAGGAAGCCCAGAAGAAGGAGGCCAGGAAGGAGAAGAAGCAGGCCGGGCUUGAAGAGAAGAAACAGAAGGCAAUGAAGUUGAAAGAGAGAGAGAACCGGAAGAAGGAGUUGAAGGUAGAGGAAGAGAAGUUGAAGAGGAAGGCAGAAAGGGAAGAAGAAUUUGCCAAACAAAAGAAGAGACAGGCAGAAAAGCUAGCCCAUUUGGCCGAUGAGAAGAAAGAAAAGAAGAAGCAGAAGAGCGAAGAGAAGAACAAGAAGGAGAUGGUGGAGGAUGGCAAUGUGGGAUCCAAGAAAAGGAAGUCUGACAAGGUCCCAUGGUGUCCUUCCAAGAAAGGCAUGAUCGAGGGCAUCUUCACGCCGAAGACGAAGCGACCAAGGUCAUCUUCAGUUUCAGCAUUGGGGUCUGAAACUGAGGUGAAAGAGAUGACAAAAUUGUUGCGCGAGUCAGAUGAUGAGCAAAGUGAGAGCGAAGCUGAGGAGCUCAGCUUGGCGGAAGAAGAUGGUGAUGCAUCGUCUGAUGAAGUUGAGGAGCAGGCUUUGCAGGAAAGUGAUGAAGAGGGAAGCGAGGAGAAGAUUGAAGCGCGGCUGAAAGACUUCUUGAAAGUGUCUGGUCAAGUCAGGACUGGUGCUAUCAGCAUUAAAGAGCUUGACUUUGCCCAAGAUCUCGCCAAAAAGAUGCUGGGCCACGCUAGUUCCAUGGAGGCUGUUUACCACGAGGUUGCCAAAUUGGCAAAGGUCAAGUCGCCCGAGCGAGCCUUGAAAGAAGGUGAGCCACGCAUGGAAGAACUCGAAAAGAAGAGUGCCAAGCUCCAGGCCACCUCAGACCGGCAAUCCAUCCAAUGUCCAGUUCCUUCUUUGGAUGUCCAUGCAGUCAUGUCUUAG